GCGCCGCCGUGUGGUCAAUAGCUUGUACUACACACAAUCACAUUACCGCCAAAUAAACACAGCACAAGUAGACACAUGACAGGCCUGCCAGCUAAUCGUCCCAGCUAGAGUUGCCGGUACAUAGUUGUCAUCAUGUUUGUUGCGCGUAGUAUCGCGGCAGAUCAUAAAGAUCUAAUUCAUGACGUAUCGUAUGAUUUUCACGGCCGGAGGAUGGCGACUUGCUCCAGCGACCAAAGUGUCAAGGUCUGGGACAAAAGUGAGAACGGAGAGUGGCACUGCACAGCCAGCUGGAAGACACACAGUGGAUCAGUGUGGCGAGUGACCUGGGCGCAUCCAGAGUUUGGACAGGUUCUAGCUUCUUGCUCCUUUGACAGAACAGCUGCUGUUUGGGAGGAGAUCGUAGGAGAGUCCAAUGACAAGCAGAGAGGACUGAGCCACUGGGUAUUUCUUUCCUCCUCUGGACCCCCCUAG